AAUGGGCGCCACAUAACGAUAGUUUUCCUAUGACAUCAAAGUCUUUUAGAUAUAACCACAUUUAGUGACAACUUGCAGUAUGGCAGCGUUGAUUUUACGGCACCGAGCCAGCGUGUGUCGAGCAUAUUGUGGAGGUUUAAUGUGGACGUUGUCGCAGCGAAGCUCUCGGCUGUUAGCAAACAAGUCUGCGUCCUCUGAAGGAGAUUUAUUUUAUAAAUUUGCAAGUAGCAAAAAACGCUCCCACUCGAGAUCACCACAGGUUUCUACGUGUCAGUCACACCAGCUUUUUGAGGGUCUUCUCUAUAGACCGUACAGUCCUGGAGUAAUUGGAAUUAGGGAAGACUUAACUAGGAGCAACUUGCUGAGGAACCCUGCUGCUUUGGGGAAUUUAUUGGGGGCAGCAAAGUUCUUCAGUACAUCUCAAUGGAAACAAGAGAAAAACAAGAGGAAUGGAUCAAAGGGGAAAACUCCAGAGGAAGAGGAAGAGGACAAGAAACGCGAGCAGGAGAACCAGGCGUCUUGGGAGCGUCUGCGAACCCUCUUCAUCAUUGCAGUCAUCUUCAGCCUGCUGAAUUCCUUAAACAUGAGUGGUGGUAACAUCUCUUGGAAUGACUUUGUCAAUGAAAUGUUGGUCAAAGGAGAGGUGAUGCGUGUGGAAGUCGUUCCAGAGAGUGACAUUGUAGAAAUCUACCUUCAUCCAGGAGCAGUUAUCUUUGGGCGGCCUAGGCUCGCACUGGUGUACAAAAUGCAGGUUGCUAAUAUUGAUAAAUUUGAGGAGAAGCUAAGAGCUGCUGAAGACGAGCUGAAUAUUGACACAAAGGACAGGAUACCUGUGUCUUACAAACGCACUGGAUUUUUUGGGAAUGCUCUCAACACUCUGGUUAUAGCUGGCUUUGGUGUGGCUUUUCUCUGGUACAUCUUCCAUCGAGCAGGCAUGAGUGGAAGAAUGGGAAGCUUCAGUGCUUUUAAUCAGCUGAAGAUGGCCAAAUUCACGAUUGUGGAUGGGAAGUCAGGGAAAGGUGUGAGUUUCAAAGAUGUGGCAGGCCUCCAUGAGGCCAAGAUCGAAGUGAAGGAAUUUGUUGACUACCUCAAAAGCCCUGAGCGUUACCUCCAGCUGGGUGCAAAGGUUCCCAAGGGUGCACUGUUGCUUGGGCCUCCAGGCUGCGGCAAGACGCUGCUGGCUAAGGCUGUAGCUACUGAAGCCCAGGUGCCCUUCCUUGCUAUGGCUGGAUCUGAAUUUGUGGAAGUCAUUGGAGGACUGGGUGCUGCUCGGGUCAGGAGUCUAUUCAAAGAGGCUCGUGCUCGAGCACCAUGCAUUGUGUACAUAGAUGAGAUUGAUGCAGUGGGGAAGAAGCGCUCCAGUAACAUGUCCGGUUUCUCUAACACCGAAGAAGAGCAAACGCUCAACCAGCUGCUGGUAGAAAUGGAUGGAAUGGGGACAACAGACCAUGUAAUUGUCCUCGCCUCCACCAACAGAGCUGAUAUUUUGGACGGUGCUCUAAUGAGACCAGGCAGACUGGACAGACACAUUUUCAUAGAUCUGCCCACUCUGCAGGAAAGGAAGGAGAUCUUUGAGCAGCACCUGAAGAUCUUGAAACUGACUCAGCCAGCUAAUUUCUAUUCUCUACGGCUGGCUGAACUUACACCAGGCUUCAGCGGUGCUGACAUUGCUAACAUUUGUAAUGAAGCUGCUCUGCAUGCAGCCAGAGAGGGCCACAAGUCUAUUCAUACAUUCAACUUUGAGUAUGCAGUGGAGAGAGUAAUAGCAGGAAGUGUAAAAAAGAGUAAGAUCUUGUCAAAAGAAGAACAGAGGGUGGUUGCCUUCCAUGAAUCAGGUCAUGCCUUAGUGGGAUGGCUACUUGAGCACACAGAGGCAGUCAUGAAGGUAUCCAUUGCCCCGCGGACCAAUGCUGCCCUGGGAUUUGCUCAGAUCUUGCCCCGUGACCAGUACCUGUUCACCAAGGAGCAGCUGUUUGAGCGGAUGUGUAUGGCUCUGGGAGGAAGAGCUGCUGAGGCGAUUACUUUUAAUAAGGUUACAACAGGAGCUCAAGAUGACCUACGUAAGGUUACACGUGUUGCCUACUCUAUGGUGAAGCAGUAUGGUAUGUGUGACAGUGUGGGUCAGGUCUCAUUUCCAGAGACGGAAGCAAAAGGUGCCAUUGGACGUCGGCCUUUUAGCCAGGGUUUGCAGCAGCAGAUGGAUCAUGAGGCUAAGAUGCUAAUAGCCCGUGCCUACAGGCUCACAGAGAAACUGCUACUGGACAACAGAGACAAGCUGACUAUAUUGGCCAACGCACUGCUGGAGCGUGAGGUGGUUAACUAUGAUGACAUUGAAGCAUUGCUGGGACCACCACCCCAUGGGCCCAAGAAGAUGAUCGUCCCUCAAAGCUGGGUGGAGGCUGAGAAGGACAAACAAGACACAGGAGAAGAACCCCAGCCUCCUUCAGACAAACGCAGCGAAGACGACAUGAAUCCUAAUCUGGCCUGAUCUGAAAACAGUCAUCUCCUGAUUCUCUUCUCCUUGUGUGAAGGUCAUCGCAGGGAAAUGAAAGGUCUUUUGUGUAACCAAAUAGUUCCUGUUAAUUUCCAUUUAGUUUGGUCACUUGUAGAAAAUCUGACAGAGGCUUUGCUGAGCUCUUACAGCACUGACAGCUGUGAGGAUUGGUUAUUUUUGGGUGGAUUUGAUGAGUUUUUUUUUGUGAUUGUUGCACCACAGCUUUUUGUGUGAUGCGACGUCAGUGGUACCUAGAACAAAUCAAUUUCCUUGAAAAGAAUGUAUUAAAGCGGCAGGGUGAACAUAAUCUGUAAAAGCUGUAAUUAUAGUUUUCAUGACCUUGUUAGCCAAUGUAUUUUUUUUUAUUAGAAAUGCACCAACACAUUUUUAAUAUCUAUGAUGAUUUACAUUGUUUGGUUUUUUUUGUUGUUGUUUUUUUUGGUUUGUUUCUGUAGAUCAGAAUGCUUUCAGAUUGACUUUUGUUUUUGAAGAGAUAUUUACAGCUAGACAUUAUUUUACACAAGAAUAAUAGUCCCAACCACUUCCAAAAAUAAUUGAGAAGAAGUAGACACUUUGACGUAAGUGAAUAGUGUAAGUGCAUUUUGGGGUGUGUCUAACGCCACCAUUUACACGGCUCAUAAUCUGAACAUGUUGUAAGGUACAGGGUGCAAAGGGUUUGUAUUUGAUCAACUAAUCGUAGGUGCAUUUUGGCUGUAAUGUAAAUCACAUUAGUCAGUGUCCUCUGACAUUCUCUAAAGAGUUGUGUGCGCUUGACUCUGGAUUGUGUAGUCACUCAGUCUUUUACGUGACAGACUUGGUAGGUGACAGAACUUGCUGGCAGGCUUGCUGUCAAGGAAAUGCCAGUUUCUUUAAAUAGGAAAAAGUUUUUGUUUGAGUAUUAAGGUUUGGACAUUUGCAGUUAGAUAUUUUUGAAUUCACUAAUGGUGGGAAUAUUGCAAACAACAACUUGGAGUUCUUCACCGUGUGCAGAGUACUUUCUGUAUGUUCUAUGAUUACAAGUAAGUUGGCCCUAAAGGCAAAGGACACAGCUGUAAGUGGUGGGAACAAAGGACUCUCUGCCCUGAACUCAUAAAAACACGAGUGCAACCAAGUGGUACAGUUCAUUUCAUAUGCUUGCAACAGUAUG